AUGGCUAUUUUUUACCGUUCACGGGCAUGGGGGACUUUGCUCUGCCUCUGUUUCACAGUUUGGAAUGGACUGUUGUUCCCUCUCACUAAUGCCGUUAUAGUUCAAGUAGGUGAUGGGAAAAGCACAGCUAUGCUCUUGAAUGGCGACCGCAACGCCGUUGCUAAAAAGCUGUUCAAGUUGUAUGAUUUGAUAACCCGUGCCGAAUCGAUGCGUCAAGACCUGCUGACUAAAUGUAAAGAGCAAGAGGAAAACAAAGGUUCAGAUGUCGAAAAAGAGGGCGUUGACAUUUUAGCCAGUUUUACGAACGAUUUUCAAAAAUUGUCUCAAGAUUCUCAGAUGUAUCGUGAAAUGACCGAGUUAUUACGAUCGCACGAAGCGGGGGAGCUCCACCUUCUUCGUAAGGAUAUUACAGCGGAAGAAAGAGAGCAAGAUGAAGCUUCUCUAGCUAGACUUGCAGAGGAUUUUGCUCGCAAACAAUUCGUUUUCGGUGAACAGCAUAUUGACCAAUUGAUCACUCAGUAUACUACCCUUCUGCAUGAAUUUGGCGGUUUUCUUCGCGUCGAUGGGUCUUCCAAUACGAGCCAAAAUAUCUCAUGGAAUGAGCACGGAGAUGAUGGCGAAGCACCAGCUAACACCGAAACCAAAUCGGAUGCUGCUGGCCCCUCUACUGGUUCUGACAGUGGUGAUAAUGGAGCAUCUUCUUAUUCCAAUCUAGAGAUUCCACUGAAUUUAGAUAGAGACGAGUGCGCAUCACAGGGGGAUUCGUUCUUCACGGUUGCGGACGUUAUUAGCCUCUCUACGGGUUCUGAAAGUAAUGGUAAUGGAGCAUCUUCUUAUUCCAAUCUAGAUAUUCCAUUGAAUUUAGAUGGUGACGAAUGCAUUUCACAGAAUGAUGCAUCCGCCACGGGUGGGGACGUUGUUAGCCUUUCUACUGGUUCUGAAGAAGGUGAAAGCGAAAGCGUCUCUCCUUCAGCAGAACCACAGGUGCCACCAGAAGCCAAGCUUGUUGAAGCAAUGGAUGAAAAGAUAAUGGCAGUCGAGGCCGAGUUAUCUGCAAAGGAACGCGAGGUUGCUGAAAUUACGGCGCGCAGGGAUGAAAUUUCUAGCAACGCAGGUCAAAUAGCCCUUGCCUUGUCCGAAUUCGCAGCUAGAAGAGAUGAGUUCUUUGAAGCUGAGAACCGUCUGCAAAUGGCUGUUGCACACUUAGAUAGUGUAAAGGCUGUGUCAGAAAGCGAACUUGAAGCGAAACGAAAGGAAAUUGAGGAUGCGGAGAUAACGGAGCGGGAAGCAACUGCCACUGCCGAUGAGGUAAAAGCACGUUAUCGGCGUGAAUUGGAUUCGAAAAAAAAAGAUUUCAAAACAGCUGAAAGGAAGGGAGAGGCACUUGCCAAGAAUUUGGAAACCGUAAAGGUUGAUGCUGAUGCCCGUUUGAGUGCGAAGAAACGUGAGCUUGACCUCGCUGAUAAGAAGGCGAAGGAUGCUAUGAAACGUUUGAAUGAAAUACAAGACAACUUAGAUUCUGAGAAACAAGAGGAACAAAAUGCAAUAUCUGAGGCCGAGGCGAUGUUGACUGGCCCUGAUGCAGAAAUGGCAAUAGAACGUGCAAAGGCUGAAUUGGAUGAGAAACAAACAGAACUUGCCGCAGCAGAUGGGAGAUUACGGAGAUCUAUAGAAGACUUGAAUCGAAUAAAAUCGGAAAUAGAAGCUGCAAAACAGGCGAAACAAAAGAAAACUGAAGAGGUUGAAGCAAAGGUUAAAGCUGCGGAUACCGACGAACUAAAAGCUCGUGCCACGGCUGAAUUGGAAGAUACGAAAAAAGAAUUGGCCGGAUUUGAGCAACAGUUGGAAUCACUUAUUAAAGAGGCGAAAAAAGCUUUGGAAGUUGCUCAAGCUGAAUUCGACGCGACAGAGAAAGAACACAGCGAAGCUGAUGUGAAGUUUAAGGAGUCUUUGAAAAACGCAGAACUGAGGCGUCGUAUCAAGGUCGAGUUAGAAAAGAAGCGGGAGGACUUUUCCGCAUCCGAGAGGCGGCGAGAUGGGCUCAUUAACGAUGCGGCAAAAAUGGCAGAGACUGCGCAAGCUGAAUUUGCCACGAAACAGCAUGAGUAUGAGCAGCUUAAGAAGAGUACAGAUGAAACCGUUAAAAGAACCGAGCAUAUGAAAGAACAGGCUGAAUCUGAAUUGGCAGCCAAAACUCAAGAACUAAAUGGCAUCAAAAGUGUGGCACAUGCUGCUGUUGCAUCCGCAAAUAAGGUGAAAGAGGAUGCUAGAGCUGCUUGCGCUGCAAAAAGAAAAGAGUAUGAUCAGCUGAAUAGAACAACUGCUGAAGCUAUUAACGAGGCAGAACGGUUAAAAGCAGAUGCUGAAGCUAAUUUAGUUGAGAAGAUCGAGGAGCUUGACAGGAUAGCGAGGCCUGAGGCCUAUGAAUAUGAUGAGGCGGAGCCUAUAGACCCCCAAGCUGCUUUACCUCCUAUGCGUGUCGCAUAUGAGAACGCAUUAGGCAGGAUAACGGAGGCUGUCAAAAGCGCCGAACAACAAAAAUUGAGUUAUGAGUCUGAAAUAUUGACAAAGCUAAAAGAAAUAGAUGAGCUUCGGACGCAAGUUCAGGUGACUUCGGAAAAUACUAGAUUACUAUCAGAGCGAGUGGAUGCCAUAGCACUCGCAACAAUGGAUAAUAGAAGUCCUGCCACUUCCACUAGCGGCAGAGAAAAUAUAGCCUCUCCUCGGGUGUCGCCUGAGGAGGUUUUCAAUAAAUGUAGUGCGGCAUCGGUAACGUUAUUUGACGCCACGAGACUUGUGAAGGAGGUGCAAAGAAUCUUGAUUGUUCUAUUAAGCAAAACCAAGAAGCUCGGCUUCAGAAAACAUCCCAAAGCGUCAGAGUUUGAGGAGAAGACCGAUGCGGUGAUGAUACUCGUCGGUGGCUUAAACAACAAAUACGCUGUAUACGAGGGUAUGCGUAAAUUGUGCAGUGAUUACGAUCUUUGGUGGCAAAAGCUCAACGCUACGACGGACGAGGCUGAAAAAAAGCAACAUUUGGCACGUAUUAAAAACUUGAAUCAAACAUUCAGGGACCAAAAUUAUUAUAGCUACAUGAUGGAAUUGGAUUCUUAUUUUCAGUUGUGUAAGGAGGCCUAUGGCGAGUGCGAGAAGCUGGAUAUGGAAUUGAAUGUAGCUGCGGAGGAACAAAUCGAGAACCCAGUUACCAGUGCAACGGACGAUCGAAUCACAAUGGCCCCGGCGACAAAUGUAGAACUGUCUCGUGAGUUGAACCCCAAUAAUGAUGGCGCCAACGUGGUACCUCGUGGGACUACUGGUAGGACGGCAGAAGCAGGUGUCAACCCCAAUAAUGAUGGCGCCAACGUGGUACCUAGUGGGACUACUGGUAGGACGGCAGAAGCAGGUGUCAACCCCAAUAAUGAUGCCGCCAACGUGGUACGUAGUAGAGGUAUUCAAAAGCCGUGGGAGGCAACGGUUACACCAAGAGACAGGGAGAUCGAGAACGAAGCAGAUGUAGUGGAAGCUUCGAGAAAGACAACUGUGGAGGCGAUGCGUAGCAAGAAGAUUCGUGCGGCACCCUUUGUUCGCAUUAAAUCGGGCUACGCAGUCUUUGGUUUCUUGACUGUGAACGUUUUCGCACUAUUGCAGUUUAUGGCUUUCAUCUGA